GUGGCCGGGUGGUUAGUGCCCACAGCAUCCUGGAGUGGCCUUGGGUAGCUCUCCGGACUGUGCACCUGGGACAUUUUAUUGGAGUUCUCCAGUCAGAGUUGCAGCAUUCUGGUUAACUGGCCUGGGAAUGCCACUUAGAGAGGAGUUGAGAAGGCUGGGUCCAGUGGACGAAAGCUACCAGCUUAGUUUUAGAGACCUUCACUUCCGAGAAGAGCAUGCCAGAAUAUACACACCCCAGACUCCACUAGGGAAGGGCCUGACCUUUCCGUGGGAGCACCAAGUUCAAGUUGAGCUGUGUUUGGAUCACCUCAGUGACUGUAAAUCUCCACGUGCAUUCGGAACCACGGGCAAGUAGGACGCAGCUGUUAGAAGCGAGCACUCUUCUUGCUGUGUGUGUUUCGUGACUUCCUGGUUUCCCUUUGUGUAUCUCGAUUACACUUUCUGGCUGACUACCUUCUCUGCCGUGGUGGGCUCCUGCUUCUGUAGACACCCCUUUCUUUGGGUAGAACUGUCCCACUUGCUACGGAGCAGGAAAGAGAGAAGUGGACUGACCAGACCUGUCAUACACAGCAUCAGCAGAGCGAACAUCUGCCCAGAUGCCCUGCUUCUCUGUACCUUCUGCAUCCCAUGGGACAUCAGGGCAGGCAACCAAGGCACUUCCUCCCCUGGGUCACUUUAGCUGCUUAUCUUAGAAGCCCUACCCUCAGCAUUGAGCCCAAGGGUUCUCACUGAGGUCUUCCGUGUCUACGGAAGCCAAGGGGCAAAGCCACUCCAAGUACUCAAAGGUUGCCCUUAGUGGUUUCGAACCACCAGUCAGCACUUGUAGUUCAGAGUCCUGCUGAGCAACUUUCAAAGUCACUUAAUUUAAAAUGACCCUGUCCUCACUCUCUUAUCCCUCGCUCCUAGCACGAUAACAAAAUCACAGUUGUGUAUAGGUAGGGAUUAUUGGGUUUAAAUGUUUUCAGUUUGUUGUUUUUUUUUUCCUAUUCCAUGAUCUGUUCAUUCAAGGAACAAAACCAAGAUUCAUUCACCUUCCCCAGAUUCCAAUGCUUAAAUAUCCCAUGACAAAAGCCUGUGCCCUUGUAUUAAAGGAGCCACUUAAAAGUUACCAUUUACAUGAGAACAUGUAUUUUCAGUGUGGGCCCCACUUUACCGAUGAAUGUUCACUUUAUUAACUAACUUGGGCAGGAAACUGUGGCUCAGAAUCCCAGUGAGACCCCUUGCUAUUGGCAGGAAGUGGGGUGCUGAGUCUCCAGCUUCUGAGUCGGGCUCUGCUCACUGAUUUUGCCUGGCCGGUUCUGAAUGGCCUUCCCUGUGCAGUCCGCAGUGGGACCUAAGGGCAGGAUGUGAGGCCCGUUCUCUAGCCAGAAGAUUAACAGAUGUCAGAGGUUUGAGACAGUAUGAAGGUAUACUGCUUGCGGCCGAUGGUGGGGUCCUGCAGGGGACUCCCCCACGGAGAUGCUGUCUUGUGGCGGCACUGACCUCCCUUGGACAAGCAUGGCCAGAUCCCAUUUGCUCGCUUACUUCACUGUGAGCUUUGAAGCUCUGGGCCACAGCCUGUGCAGACUCACAGGACGCAGCUCAUUUGCCCUCCUUAGACACUUGGAUGGCUUUCCAAGUGAGAGUGUAUGUGCAGCCCUCCUCAGCCUGUGUCCCCAAGUGGGCCAUUUUUCAUGUGCUGACAUUGGGCCUCUGUAAGAGUCCGUGUUUUACAGAAUGCCAUCACUCUUUGGCUGCAUUUCCUAGCCCAGGCCAUGAGGCUUCUCUCCUAUCCUGGCCCCAGACAUGGUACUUUUGAUAAAAGACAGGACAUCCAUUCUUUUGUGUCACCACUUAAAUUGUUGACAAUGUGUGAUGGACAGCUUCAGACCAGCUUCUGCAACUCACAGGAGCCUGCAGGCUACAGGGGAUUUACACUGACCUUGUAGGAACUAGGGUGCAGGACUCUGUUUUCAUGGGUUUGCUCGACUGCUGUAUGCUGGCGAGCAAGUCUAGAAUUUGUUCAUUCAGCAGAUUUAGUUGCCGCCCUACUGUGUGCUCCCUCACUUCUCAGAGAACUGUCAGCCACAGUCCCCUCUCUUUGGCCUCAGAAUGAGUGGGAAAGUCCAACGGCGAACAUGUAGACAAAUGACUGUGUAGACAAAUGACUGUGGUCGUGAGGGGGGUGUGGAAGGUGUGAAAAAGUGAUAGGAGCUGACAGGUCAGAGGUGGGUUCCCUGUGGGAAGGCAAGGGUGUGUGCAGAGUGGGGUUGACACCGUAGAGUGACAAGCCUGCACCUGUAAUAGGCCGGUGACUCCCAAGAGGGACAGUAAGAGUUGGGGUUAUUUGAGCAGGUUGCUAAAGGGCCCUCAGUAGAAGCCUGAGGCACACGAGGAGGAAUGGGAAGCUCUGCUCAACCCGACAGCCUUCCCAUGAGGUCGAUGCAGGUCUCUGAGGCCCAGUGCUUCCUGCUGCACCUUCCGCUGGCUCGUGGGAGCAGGUCCUAGGGACUCCUCAGCCUCUGGAUCCUGCUGCCUUAGCUUCAUCUUCUCAGGCCGCAGUCCAGGCUAAACCAUCUCCGUGCAGAACCCAAGCCUGAGACCUUGGGAUGAUUGUCUCGUGUUUGAGGAAGUGCCGUGGAAUUUCAGGCUCCACUACAGCCAUUUUAAGUGUGUAGUCUCAUGAAUUCUGUCACUAAAUCUCAGUAUAGAUUUAGUCUGUUUUCUGAUUCCCCAACUUCACUAAAGGCAGCACUGUUCUGACUUCCGAGACUGUUUAGUUUUUCACUUAUCCUGAAAGUUUGUGUAAAUGGAAGUACAGGCAGUAUACUCUCUUUGGUCUAUCUUUCACACAGCGUGGUGUUAGUGAGAGUCACCCGGAGUUGUACUGAAUUGCUGACAGUGUUGGAUAAACACAGUUUGUCCAUCCUCUUGUGGUUGGCCAUUUAGUUGUCUCUGGUGUGAGGCUCCCAUGAAACCGCUGUCAGUAUCCCUGUACGUGGCUCCUUGUGGGUCUGUACUUCCUCUUUUCUUGGGUAAGUACCUGCAGGGGUCAUUCAGCAUUACCCAUCCAGGCUGUAGCUGGAUAUGUGUCUUCUCUGCUGUUGGUCUAAGGAUAUGUCUGCAGGUGAAGUCCCCGCUUCCAGAGUGGAAAUGACACCGAGGUGGCCCUCACACUCUUGGCACAUUCGUUUCUAUAGUUGCUGACCCCGCAGGUCACACUCACACCUAGCCAUCAUGAAAAGGCAAAAGUUAGACGUUGGACUUGAAACCUCCCGGGGCAGGUGUGAAGACCACGGUGUAGCUGCACCUGUGGUCCAGCCUGCGCACUUCUGGAAGGUGACCACAGACCAUGAAAGCACGUCAUAGAAGGAGACCACAGACCAUGACAGCACGUCAAGCUGCCCGGCUACAUGCAGGUUCUUGUAGGGCAUUAGCUAAUGUGCAGCCAGAGGGCAGGAGGUCUGGUGUCAGGACCUCACUUCCUGUGCUCCGGUGCCUGGUGGAUAAUUAAGUUUCACUAGAGAGUGACUGUGUAUCAUUAGAGCCUGCCAGCUUGUAUUGGUAGUGGUUUUCAUUGUUACCUGGUUUCCUUUUAUGGGUGUAGAAAGCAAUUAAGAAGAGACUAUGAGAAAGCUCUGCGGGAAGGUCAACACAAUUAACCCUGUGUGAAUGGAUCAGUGAAUGCUUUGACAUAAGAAAACUGACAGACAUUCUUGAUGGUGUCCAUAGAUACCCACAUCUCGACAGAACACCUGUUGGAUGGGUCUCUGAUAUAGUCCUCUUAUUCCAUUUACCUAAUAGCAGAAUCUGAGUCUUUUGGCAAGCCCACACAGCAUCCUUGAAAAUCCCCCGUAACCUGUAGAAAUUUAUCUUAGGAUCCGGUUUUCCAGUACACUGUGAAAUGCUGAGCAAUGGGAAAUAAAGGACUCAGGAAAAAGAUUCAUCUGGCCUGCCCUGCUUGGUGGCUGGACUCUGCCCCCACCUCUAUUAGAGAAUUUUUAUUCUUGUUGCUUGUUUUCAUUAAGAAUUAUACUGGUGGCCGGGCGAUGGUGGCGCACGCCUUUAAUCCCAGCACUCGGGAGGCAGAGCCAGGCAGAUCUCUAUGAGUUUGAGGCCAGCCUAGUCUACAAAGUGAGUUCCAGGAAAGGCACAAAGCUACACAGAGAAACCCUGUCUCGAAAAACCAAAAAAAAAAGAAUUAUACUGGUGACUUCGGUGCCCACCUGACUGCAGAAUACCCAAGGCGUGAAGCAUCUGCUGUCCACCAAAGGUCUGACAGUGAGCGUGCCUCAGAGGGCACAGCGACCCGCAGCAUGACCCUCCCAAUGUGUCAGUGAGAGCUGCGCACUGCUUCCUUCAAGGCUCCACUGUUUGGAAUCCGCGGGGUAGACAGCACCAAAGGCUGCCUGCCCAUCCACACAGUUCCCUUAUCGUUCACCGUUGUCCUCAGAGAGUGGAUUAAAUGCACGGGACAGCUGAAAUGCCCAUCUGCUGUGGUUAGAUGGAUUCAGUCCCCUGCGCCCCUGCCUAAUUACCUGAACAAGUAGAACAUCUGCUUUCAGCUGCCCCGCUGAACUGGGAAUGCUGAUGGUUCUCGGACAAGUGCAGUCGAAGCAGAACUGAACACUGAUGUUCCCAAGGGCUGGAAGGAGCUGCCUAGAUCACUCCCUGCUACUCCUCCUCCCGUUUAAGACCACAGUGAUUGACUACGUGAAGCCCUCAGAUCUCAAGAAGGACAUGAAUGAAACCUUCAAGGAAAAGUUUCCUCACAUUAAGUUAACACUCAGCAAAAUCAGGAGUCUGAAGAGAGAGAUGCGGAAGCUUGCCCAGGAUGACUGUGGCUUUGAGGAGCCCACAGUGGCCAUGGCCUUUGUCUACUUUGAGAAGCUCGCACUCAAGGGGAAACUGAACAAGCAGAACCGGAAGCUCUGUGCUGGAGCGUGUGUGCUGUUAGCAGCCAAGGUCGGAAGUGACCUCAAAAAGCACGAAGUCAAGCAUCUAAUUGAUAAACUGGAAGAGAAGUUCCGACUGAACAGGAGAGAACUGAUUGCCUUUGAAUUCCCAGUGUUGGUGGCCUUGGAAUUUGCACUUCAUCUUCCAGAGCACGAAGUCAUGCCCCACUAUAGACGCCUGAUCCAGAGCUCCUAGCACAGGCCCUAGGAGGGCCAAGGACUGCUUCCUCCGAGUACGGUGAAGCCUCGCUUACUCCCAGAGACGAGUCGAGCUGAGCCUGCCCAGAGAGUCUCCUUACAGCUUUAUUUUCACGGAGAAGCUGUACCUGGACCUUGCUAGGGAGACGCCGCUCAGGCUCGCCGAGAGGAGGCAUGUGCUGGGGAUGCUGGAGGCCCUCCCGGGUCCCCACAGCGGGAACUCAGUGCCCACUCUCCCUCCCAGGCACAUGUGAAGUUUGAAGUUGCUCAGGGCCUUUACUGCAGACUGGUUCUGACUGGGAGCAUGCUGUGCUGGAGCAGAGGGAACCAGAUGUGCAGGCUUGGGGGACGAGGCUUAAAGUCCCUCUCCCUGUGUCAAGAGUGUGCCAAUCUAUUUUUAUAUCUGCCAUCGGAAGUGCACUUUCCCUGGGCACAAGGGUGUGGGUGUGCAGAUGUCUGAGGGGCACUGUUACACUUGACCCCCAAAGCCAAUCCCCACCCUCUAUGGAGCUGACUUGUAAUGAUUUCUAGGUGACAGUGACUCAGAUCCAGAGUGACAUCUCUGCUCUUAGGAAGUAACGCUGUCUGUGCGACUGUACCUGCCACCCGCUGGCAGAGAUGACAGUUCAGAGUGGCGCGCUCCGACCUUCCUGCCCUCACACCGCAGGCUUCUGUCUAACGUCUAGCUCUUGCCUGUGGAGACAUGAGGGCUGCACUCCAUACGUGUAUUCUUGUGCUCUAUGUUAGAGUGCAUAAUGAGCGCGUUUAUUGUGCUAAAUACAUAUACAUGUGUGUUUUAUAAAAGUCUGCAUUGGGGGUAAGACGCAUGAUUGGUGUCUUGUGGCUCUUGCAGCUGGGACAAACUACAUUUCAAGCUGUGGUUAAGUUGAUUGUUGGUACAAAAUUGUGACUUGUCCUGAUUCGCUCUGGGACUGCCUGUCCUGAAGCAUUAACCAUGCUGUCACCUGGUAGUUACACAGAUGUAACUUUACCGAAGAAAGCUUGUGGCCAUGGAUAAAGAAUUAAAAUAUUUUGUUCUUUUA